UUGGGCGUUGCCCUUCUCCGCGUGGAUCUGGGCUGCGAGGAUGACGAAACUUGUAAGAUCAUGUGGAGAAUCGCACAAGGCUGCAUUCUUAAGCCCCCCUUCGCUACCUAUCUUUCCUACAUGUUCGUUGCCCUCCUUUCAUCUUCACGUUUCUUCGAGUCUCUUCGAGUUUUGGGUCUCGUUAUGGUUGCUUGUGUUGGUUUUGCUGUGAGUUGAGUUGAGUUCAGUUGAGUUGACAUAGUCUAGGUUCCAGUUGGAGACCUUUUGUUUUUGUUAUUUUUUUAUUUUCUGGGUAGUUAGAGGCUAGACUUUAUCGUUUCACAAGUCGUUGGGGGUGUCGCACUUGUAGAUUAAGUGGUGGAAGCAAGGGAGAUAUAGAGACGGAGAGCACUUUAUUAGAGAAGAAGAAGACGAGUGAGUGUUUGGGUGGAGUUUUGUUUCGACGUUUUAUUCCUCGGUAGGAUAUGGGGUGUUUGUGUGUUGGCUUGUAGGUUUGCAGCUGUGUCCUAUCUCUUCGAAUCUGUGUAGUUAUACAAUCCUUUGUGCAGCAUGCGUGAAGUGUUGGGGAUAGAUCAUAGAAGUGGAGAUUUUUUCUAUUCCCCUCUGGAGGUGUAAUUCGCAUUGCUGCCUGUAGAAGCUUCUGUUGGAGCGUGUAGUGGUGAAGGAAUUAGAGGCAGUGACUGGUCUUUUGGAAGAGGGCAUGCAUUGUGUGAUUCACCGGAAUUGUUGGCUCAAGUACGGGUGAAGGGAGUGUUGGUGCGGGUGUUUCUACACUUUGUGCGGAGUUUCAAAUAGCAGAGUUGGUCAUUUUUCAGCUAUGUCACCCACAACAUCAGGUUGCUGUCAAGUGCUGAAAAAUCAACCUCAAAAGCUGCCCAUGGAGGUGGGAUCUGGGAGAAGGCGUCUUUCGCUUGACAGUUGGGUGUGCUUACCUAUCCUGCGACCGGUGCGCACGGCUAGCAGCUCAUCAUCUGAAAGUUCUUGCACCACGCAAAAGGAAUUGUCUCAUACCAAGAGUUUGACAUUGGACGUAUCCAUCACUGGAGAAGAUGAAGCUUUCUCAAAGGAGUCCGGUUGUGAGACGCCCAAAUCGAAGGAGCACAGAAUACCCGAAGUGGAUAUUUCCUUCUGCCCUCCGGCUCCAAGGAAACCUCGUGCCAUGGCUCGCCGUCGCCGUGUUCAACCCACUAGCUUCUUCAACACGCCUGAUUUCGAGAAUUUUCUCUCCCAGCACAAAGUGCAAGUGGGAAGUUAAGAGCGAAGUCUGAUUAAAGCCUCACGCAGGGGAGUUUCUGAGCACUUCGGGGUCAUUUCUUUUAGGAGUGCUUGUACAGGCAGACCGCAGUCUGGGUGCAUGUGUUUAAUAUGUUGUUAAAUUCAUGCUACCGACACGGAAGCGUUGGAAUGGAAGAGCUCUGCGAAUAGUGAAACAACGAUAGGCCUUCUUCAGGAGCUAUUCUUGGCGACUGGUUUUAGGCUUCAUCGCAUGAGUAAUGAAACUUUCCUCAAGGCGAUGAAACUUUCCUUUCGAAGCAGCGCAAGGGACUGGGUUGGUCAAGUGGGCGUUUUAUAAUGGUCGACUUUUUUUUUUAUUGUAUAUGGAGGUUCAAAAGCCUAUGCACUGUGUAGAAAAUGGGGUUCCGGGUAAAAAAGGAGGAAGGGGUGGGAGUGGGGAGGGACGGGGGGGUUGGUGUUAUAUUCUAGGUUGAACUAUUCUUGGCUCUAGCACCUUCGCUGGGGUGUGGAAGUUAAGGUAGGAAAGUUUUGGUAGCUCUGAAGUGGGUAGCUUGUAGAACUGCACCUUCCUACCUGGGAGUGUGUACCAGCAAGUUGGCGGCGUUUCCCAUUUGAGGAGUAGGUUAGAGAGACAACAUGAUGGUAGAGCAGUUUAGUGAAUGCUUCGCUCUCACCUGAUUUCGCAUGCAUGUGCGACAGCAGGCGCAGCAAAGUAGGAGAACAAAUGGUAGAAAUCCUUCGAGGUUGUGCUGCUGGGGCCUAGCUUGGCAUAGAGUAACCCAGGAUCAUGUAAUUUACAACUCUAAAGUUGAACAUCAUGUUGUCUUUCCCUGA